AUGUUUGGUUCACGGCGCGAAUUUCGCCCUUAUUUGGCAAGUCUCAUCCUUAAGACAGUUUUAUAUGGAUCCUGGCUACUUGGCUUAUUUCCCUUCACUUUUGACUCCGGAAGAUUUCAACUAAGACGCUCUAGAUGGCUUAUUUGCUAUGGCUUGAUCAUCAAUUAUUUCCUUAUGUUUCUCCUGGUAAUUAUUGGAACUCAACAUCAGCAGAGAAAAAAACUAGAAGCCUUCGAGCGAAAUCCUGUGCUGGAGAGCAUAAACAUUGUAAUUGCAUUGAUGAGCACUUUUUCAGCUGUUCUUAUACAUUUUAUGAAUUUUUGGAAAAGCAAGAAAGUGCAGAGAAUUUUCAACGAACUGUUAGACCUGGAGCAUAAAGAAUUUAAGGAGCUAAAUAAAACCAGCUGUCAAACAUUUAAUUGUUUUGUGAUUCAAAAAUGUUUUACUAUAAUGGGUCAGCUUAUAUGUUUCUUGACGAUCAACUACGGAAUGCCUGGAAACGAACCCCAUUUUUGGUUGGUUCUCCUGAGCUGUGUUUUCCAAGUUUCCCUCAAUUUAAACAUCAUGCACUAUUAUGUCGGAAUCUUGUUAAUCUAUCGUUACGUUUGGAUGAUUAACGAACAACUUAAGGAACAAGUGAACCGAAUGAAACUCAAUCCCACUGCAACAUCAUCUAGGAUUAAAGGGCUUCUCUUCUUGUACAAUCGUCUUUUGGAGCUAAAUAAGAAAUUGAUAGCUGCCUACGAACUCCAUAUGAUCCUAAUUCUAACAUCUUGGUUAGCUGGCAAUAUUGUGGUCAUCUAUUUCUUAAUAGUGUAUGGAAUAAGUAUGCGUAAAUACUCGUUCUUUUUGAUAGCAUUUCCGCAAUCUUUGCUCAUAAAUAGUUGGGACUUCUGGUUGACUAUUACCAUAUGUAAUCUCACAGAAAAAGCUGGUCAAAAAACCUCAAACCUUCUGCAACUUUUUAGUGAUCUUGAUUAUAAGGAUGAUCAGCUAGAAAGAAGUGUGAAUGAGUUCGCAUGGCUGUGCAGUCAUCGCAAGUUUCAGUUUAAACUGUGUGGACUUUUUUCUGUAAACUACAAAAUGGGUUUCCGCAUGAUCAUAAACAGUAUUUUAUAUUUGCUAUAUUUAGUUCAGUUUGAUUAUAUGAACUUGUAA